CCUUUCAUAAAACUCAUCACUCUCACCUUAUCCUUCCCCUUCCUCCUCCGGCGAGUAUCCAAAAAUGGCGUCGACGGUGGGAGUUCCAUCUCUCUACCAAGUCUCCCACCUCGAAACCUCCAAACCCAUUUCCAAAAAGAGGUCUACUUUCUUACCUCUCUCUCUAGAUAAGCCUUUCUUCUCCUCUCCCAUCUCUCUCCGAAGAACUCGUCUUAUCCACUCCUCUCCCUCUUCCGCCGUCGCAACUCCCAACUCCGUUCUCAGCGAGGAAGCUUUCAAAAGCCUCGGCCUUUCCGACGAAUUCGACAACGACCACUCAGAAGAAGACGAUGGUGAAGAGCUCGCUAUCUCGAAACUCGGCUUGCCUCAGCGUCUCGGCGAGUCUCUCGAGAAGCGUGGUAUCACUCACCUCUUCCCGAUUCAGAGGGCUGUGUUGGUUCCUGCGCUGCAAGGACGAGACAUCAUAGCUCGUGCUAAGACAGGAACUGGGAAGACUUUAGCUUUCGGUAUCCCUAUCAUUAAACGCCUCACUGAACAAGCUAGAGACUACUCUGCUUUCAGGAAGUCUGGUCGUCUUCCCAAGUUCCUUGUCCUUGCACCUACACGAGAACUAGCGAAGCAAGUGGAGAAGGAGAUCAAGGAGUCUGCGCCUUAUCUAAGCACCGUUUGUGUAUACGGUGGUGUCUCCUACACCAUCCAGCAGAGUGCUCUCACUCGUGGUGUUGACGUUGUUGUUGGAACUCCCGGAAGAAUCAUUGACUUGAUAGAAGGAAGAAGCCUCAAGCUAGGCGAAGUCGAGUACUUGGUGCUUGACGAAGCUGACCAGAUGCUUGCCGUUGGGUUUGAGGAGGCUGUGGAGUCGAUUCUAGAGAAUCUACCGCAGAAGAGACAAAGCAUGCUGUUCUCAGCAACUAUGCCUGCUUGGGUGAAGAAGUUGGCUAGGAAGUAUCUUGAUAGUCCAUUGAAUAUUGAUCUGGUUGGAGACCAGGAUGAGAAGCUCGCUGAGGGGAUCAAACUGUAUGCAAUCUCGGCUACGUCGACAUCAAAGCGCACUAUUCUAAGCGACCUUAUAACAGUGUAUGCAAAGGGUGGCAAGACGAUUGUUUUCACACAAACAAAGAGAGAUGCAGAUGAGGUCUCUCUAGCGUUAUCAAACAGUAUAGCUUCCGAGGCACUUCAUGGAGAUAUCUCUCAGCAUCAAAGAGAGAGAACGCUCAACGGUUUUCGCCAAGGGAAGUUCACAGUUCUAGUUGCCACUGAUGUUGCAUCUCGUGGACUUGACAUCCCCAACGUAGAUCUAGUUAUCCACUAUGAACUUCCUAAUGACCCAGAGACCUUUGUGCACCGUUCUGGACGUACCGGGCGUGCUGGAAAAGAAGGCUCUGCGAUUCUCAUGCACUCCAGCAGUCAGAAGAGAACGGUGAGGUCUCUUGAGCGUGAUGUAGGCUGCAGAUUUGAGUUUAUUAGCCCACCAACAGUUGGAGACGUCUUGGAAGCAUCUGCUGACCAAGUGGUGGCCACUCUAAACGGUGUUCAUCCUGAGUCUAUCAAGUUUUUCUCAGCAACUGCUCAGAAACUACAUGAGGAAAAAGGAACUGAUGCUUUAGCUGCAGCUCUGGCUCACCUCAGCGGUUUCUCUCAGCCACCUUCAUCUAGAUCUCUCCUCAGUCAUGAACAGGGAUGGGUGACUUUGCAAUUGGUACGAGAUCCAACAAACUCUAGAGGCUUCUUGUCAGCGAGGUCUGUCACUGGUUUUCUUUCAGAUGUAUACGGUCCAGCUGCUGAUGAAGUUGGAAAAAUCUUCUUGAUUGCAGAUGAGAGGGUGCAAGGAGCUGUUUUUGAUCUACCAGAGGACAUAGCGAAAGAUCUACUAGAGAAAGAGAUGCAAGAAGGAAACAGUAUCUCCAUGAUAACAAAGUUGCCUCCUCUGCAAGACGAUGGACCGUCUAGUGAUAACUAUGGACGGUUCUCUAGCAGAGACAGGAUGCCUAGAGGAGGAGGAGGAGGUUCUAGAGGGUCAAGAUUUGGAGGUAGAGGAGGCUCUUCACGAGGACGUGAUAGUUGGGGAGGUGAUGAUAACAGAAGAGGUAGAAGCAGUGGUGGUGGAGGAAGCAGCUGGUCCCGUGGUGGUGGUUCCAGAGGAAGUUCUGAUGAUUGGUUGAUUGGCGGUGGUAGUGACAGAAGAUCAUCAAGCAGGAGAGCUCCUUCCCGGGAGAGGAGUUUUGGAGGUGCUUGCUUCACUUGUGGAAGUUCAGGACACAGGGCAGCAGAUUGUCCUGACAAGAGAGGGUUUUAAAGUAUUCUUAGUUAAUGGUGUCUGCUCUUGAGAGAGAAGAGAGAGAGAGAUGGAGGUCCUUGUCCUUUUUGGUGUUCUUGAUAUGAAUCCUUUAGUUCUUGCUUCAACCGUUUGUUUCAGACGGUAGAGAGUGCAAUCACUGAGGGUGUAUACUUCAGACGAGGUCUAACUACAAGCAUAGUGCAUAAAUUAAGCAAGGGAGAAGGUUUUCCUCAAUUGGCAUUUUCAGAGAUUGCUUCAGAAACAUGGCAAAGCUGAUGGAUGUUUUAUUUUUAGGUUAUUAUAAUGAUCAGAUUCCAUGUUUCUAAUUUUGUAUUUGUGAUCACAUUUGUAUUUAUAUGUCCUUAUAAUAGAAAAUCAAGUUUGAAUA